AUGACACCGACUAGACCAUCCUCCACCAAACGGGCAGACCGAGCACCAGCAUACGCCGACUGGCUCAACUGGAUGCGAUCUACAUCAGCCCCGUCCAAGGAGAUCAACUAUUUCAGCAGUAUACCGUGGGCGAAGCAGCUUCUUCACUAUAGCAACUUCAGACCAAUCCCGACCCCAAGUCGCACCAUUGAUCCUGGCACAACCAACAAUGCCUUCUUCGCCAAGACGCUCGCACCUUCUGAGUCAAUACCCUCGCCCAUCAUCAACUGGCUGCUGUUGGUGAAGGAGAGGCUUCAAACACCACCUGAGGCGCCGAAGGGCACCAUAGGUCGGACGUCAGGCUCAGGAGAUGGCAUUGCAGCCCGCAAGGCCGUUGAUUCAGAUUUCAUCCUCCUGCUCAACCUCGGAUCUGACCUAGAUGGUUUCGGCGGCGUAGCUCAUGGCGGACUGCUGUCCGCUGUUUUUGAUGAAUUGUUCAGUCUCGUAGUUGAGUUCCAUCGGCAGUCUGUGACGGAGGAUCGGGGGCCACUCUUCACCAUGAAGUUGACCACACUGUUCCGCGACAAGGUACCGACGCCUGGUCAGGUGAUGGUGAAAGCUUGGCUCCAGGCUCGGGAAGGCAGGAAGUGGUUGUUGCAGGGGCAGCUAUGUGACGAGAAGGAGAAUGUGCUAACAGAGGGAGAGGGUAUUUGGAUGACGGCGAAGUCGGAGAGAAUAUAA